UCCCGCGACAUGGACUGCGGCGUGAUCACGUCCAAGACGGUGCUGGUGCUGCUGAGCGUCGCCUUCUGGGCAGCAGCAGCCGGUCUUAGCUAUGUCGGGGGAUACGUCAUUAACACCUACAAGAGCUAUGACAACUUCCUGCAAGAUGAAUACGCUCUCCUGCCAGCGGUGAUCAUUAUUUGUGUUGCCAUCGUCAUGUUCAUCAUCGGCUUGAUCGGCUGCUGUGCUACCCUCCGCGAGUCGCGGGUUGGGCUGGGGCUGUUCUUGGCCAUUAUCCUGAUUAUCUUUAUUGCGGAAGUAUCAGCUUUUGUCCUGGGAUUUGUGUACAGGGAAAAGGUAAAAACCGAUGUGCAGGAUACAAUGCGUUCAGUCUUUGAAAAGUAUGAUGGGAAAAAUGCAGAGUCUACUGUCCUGAAUUACUUGCAAGAACAGCUUCACUGCUGUGGCGUGAGGAACUACAGCGACUGGACGAGCACGCAGUGGUUUAACUCCACCGGUAAAAACAGCGUCCCGCUGAGCUGCUGUAGGCAAGGCCUGAGCAACUGCACGGGGAGCCUGGAUCAGCCACAGGAGCUCAACACCAAGGGCUGUGCAGGGGAGCUGGAAUCUGGGCUGCAGAGUGUUCUCAGCUAUGCAAUGCUUGUAAUCCUGGGAUUUGCCAUCGUAAAGUUCUUUGGCAUGCUGAGCGUCUGCGUACUCACUUGCAAGAGAGAAGACACUGGAUAUCAGCCUCUUUACUCAGGGGUGUUUGCUUGA